CCCGCCGCCAGCCUUGUCGCCUUGUAGUGGAGAGGCUGACUCCCACUCGCAAAUUCUGGAAGGUUCUCGGGCUCCACUAGGGAGGCAACCACAGUAUUCCUAGUCGCUGAUUUCAGGUCCCUGCCGAGUGGAGCCGCCGCCGCCAUGUUUGGCUGCUUGGUGGCGGGGAGGCUGGUGCAAACAGCUGCACAGCAAGUGGCAGAGGAUAAAUUUGUUUUUGACUUGCCUGAUUAUGAAAAUAUCAACCAUGUUGUGGUUUUUAUGCUGGGAACAAUCCCGUUUCCUGAGGGAAUGGGAGGAUCUGUCUACUUUUCCUAUCCUGAUUCAAAUGGAAUGCCAGUAUGGCAACUCCUAGGAUUUGUCACAAAUGGGAAACCAAGUGCCAUCUUCAAAAUUUCAGGUCUUAAAUCUGGAGAAGGAAGCCAACACCCUUUCGGAGCUAUGAAUAUUGUCCGAACUCCAUCCGUUGCUCAGAUUGGAAUUUCAGUGGAAUUACUGGACAGUCUGGCUCAGCAGACUCCGGUAGGCAGUGCUGCUGUAUCUUCAGUUGACUCUUUCACCCAGUUCACACAAAAGAUGCUGGACAACUUCUACAAUUUUGCUUCAUCAUUUGCUGUCUCUCAGGCCCAGAUGACACCAAGUCCAUCUGAAAUGUUCAUUCCAGCAAAUGUGGUUCUGAAGUGGUAUGAAAAUUUUCAAAGACGACUAGCACAAAACCCUCUCUUUUGGAAAACAUAAUUCGAAUAAAAUAAUUUUUAAUGGA